AACUGAGAAAGAUAUUGACCCGGAAGUGGAGUGACGUCUUUGUUUAUGUUUGAAAGUUGAGCAAGACUUGAAAAGUACCGUGAGUUUGUUGAUAUCCUGUAUUGAAAACAGAUUGACCUGUCUUCAAUUUGAUCGAUUAUUAACGUUUACAAAUACCUUAAGUUGUAUUACAAAAGUACUUUGAAAUGUUUUGGCAAAGUUUAGAGGUAAUUUUUUUUCGAUAUUUUGUCGUGAUUUUGCGCAAAUUGAACGCUGUUUUUCCUGGUACAACGGCGCCAAAUAAAUGGACAAUUUGGAUAUAUAUGGACGGAAUUAAUCGAACUAAAGGACCAUUUGUGAUGUUUAUGGGACAUAUUGGAGUGCCAACAAAAGAAUCUCGUCAAAGUUCCAUAGGUCAGAGGUCAAGCUGUGCUGAGCCAAUAGUGGAAAAGGUUACUGGUUAUGAUGACAUCACUACUGGUUAUGAUGACAUCACUGGAACUCCGCUGUGUGGAAACAUGCAGAAUGGAUCAGAGAAUAGUGUGAGCUGUGGUAACGCUAGACGGCCCUGGUGCUGUCAACGUCAGCUAUCUUCAUCUGCACAGACAAGUGAGAAGAAGAGGUCAUUGGGGCGGGACUACCACCCUCUGUGUCUGAAGUGUCAACAGUGUCAGAGACAGUUGACCCCGGGACAACAUGCUGAGCAUGAUGAGAAACCCUACUACACUAACUGUUACAUGUAGAUGUUUGGUACCAGAGGUAGAUACUGCUUGGUGAUGAGUAACCCUACUACACUGUUACAUGUAGAUGUGUGGUACCAGAGGUAGAUACUGCUUGGUGAUGAGUAACCCUACUACACUGUUACAUGUAGAUGUGUGGUACCAGAGGUAGAUACUGCUUGGUGAUGAGUAACCCUACUACACUGUUACAUGUAGAUGUUUGGUACCAGAGGUAGAUACUGCUUGGUGAUGAGAAACCCUACUGCACAAAUUGUUACAUGUAGAUGUGUGGUACCAGAGGUAGAUACUGCUUGGUGAUGAGUAACCCUACUACACUGUUACAUGUAGAUGUGUGGUACCAGAGGUAGAUACUGCUUGGUGAUGAGUAACCCUACUACACUAACUAUUACAUGUAGAUGUUUGGUACCAGAGGUAGAUACUGCUUGGUGAUGAGUAACCCUACUACACUGUUACAUGUAGAUGUGUGGUACCAGAGGUAGAUACUGCUUGGUGAUGAGUAACCCUACUACACUGUUACAUGUAGAUGUUUGGUACCAGAGGUAGAUACUGCUUGGUGAUGAGUAACCCUCCUACACUAACUGUUACAUGUAGAUGUUUGGUACCAGAGGUAGAUACUGCUUGGUGAUGAGUAACCCUACUGCACAAAUUGUUACAUGUAGAUGUGUGGUACCAGAGGUAGGUACUGCUUGGUGAUGAGAAACCCUACUACACUGUUACAUGUAGAUGUUGGGUACCAGAGGUAGAUACUGCUUGGUGAUGAGUAACCCUACUACACUGUUACAUGUAGAUGUUUGGUACCAGAGGUAGAUACUGCUUGGUGAUGAGAAACCCUACUACACUAACUGUUACAUGUAGAUGUUGGUACCAGAGGUAGAUACUGCUUGGUGAUGAGUAACCCUACUACACUAACUGUUACAUGUAGAUGUUUGGUACCAGAGGUAGAUACUGCUUGGUGAUGAGAAACCCUACUACACUAACUGUUACAUGUAGAUGUAUGGUACCAGAGGUAGAUACUGCUUGGUGAUGAGUAACCCUACUACACUAACUGUUACAUGUAGAUGUUUGGUACCAGAGGUAGAUACUGCUUGGUGAUGAGAAACCCUACUACACUGUUACAUGUAGAUGUUUGGUACCAGAGGUAGAUACUGCUUGGUGAUGAGAAACCCUACUACACUGUUACAUGUAGAUGUUUGGUACCAGAGGUAGAUACUGCUUGGUGAUGAGUAACCCUACUACACUGUUACAUGUAGAUGUUUGGUACCAGAGGUAGAUACUGCUUGGUGAUGAGUAACCCUACUACACUGUUACAUGUAGAUGUUUGGUACCAGAGGUAGAUACUGCUUGGUGAUGAGUAACCCUACUACACUGUUACAUGUAGAUGUUUGGUACCAGAGGUAGAUACUGCUUGGUGAUGAGUAACCCUACUACACUGUUACAUGUAGAUGUUUGGUACCAGAGGUAGAUACUGCUUGGUGAUGAGAAACCCUACUACACUGUUACAUGUAGAUGUUGGGUACCAGAGGUAGAUACUGCUUGGUGAUGAGAAACCCUACUACACUAACUGUUACAUGUAGAUGUUUGGUACCAGAGGUAGAUACUGCUUGGUGAUGAGAAACCCUACUACACUGUUACAUGUAGAUGUUGGGUACCAGAGGUAGAUACUGCUUGGUGAUGAGUAACCCUACUACACUGUUACAUGUAGAUGUUGGGUACCAGAGGUAGAUACUGCUUGGUGAUGAGAAACCCUACUACACUAACUGUUACAUGUAGAUGUUUGGUACCAGAGGUAGAUACUGCUUGGUGAUGAGAAACCCUACUACACUGUUACAUGUAGAUGUUUGGUACCAGAGGUAGAUACUGCUUGGUGAUGAGUAACCCUACUACACUGUUACAUGUAGAUGUUGGGUACCAGAGGUAGAUACUGCUUGGUGAUGAGAAACCCUACUACACUAACUGUUACAUGUAGAUGUUUGGUACCAGAGGUAGAUACUGCUUGGUGAUGAGAAACCCUACUACACUGUUACAUGUAGAUGUUUGGUACCAGAGGUAGAUACUGCUUGGUGAUGAGAAACCCUACUACACUAACUGUUACAUGUAGAUGUUUGGUACCAGAGGUAGAUACUGCUUGGUGAUG